AGACUUUUGGUUCUUAGACUCUUUUCCUUAUUGGAGAAGAAACCCCAAGGCUAAAGCCAGAGGAAAUGUAAUGUCAUCAGUCAUCAUCAAACCCCUGUAAAAACCCUUCAGCCAUAAACAAUGGCAGUAUACCUUCUCUUUUCAAAUGAAUCGCAGCAUAGCAUCAUAAAUGCCAAAAGCCCGCCGUUCAGCAUUGCUUUCAGUUUUCUUCUGUGCUGAGAGUGUGGACGCCAUUGUUGCCGCUCGCUUUCCGACGCGGCAGAGCAUAUCGUAGAGCCGUUAGAAGAAGAAAGGAAGUCUUCUUGCUCGAGGUGAACAUGGAAGGGCUUCCUUCAAGCUCUUCUGUUGGCGAUGAGGAUGACAAGAAUCUUGAGCAGCUGUAUCACACAUUUGGUUCUGUUGUUUCGCUUGAAGAUAUAGCUGCAGCAUAUUGGGAAGCAGGUCGUAAUCUUUCUAUAGCUGGUGACACACUAUGUAAUCUACAAGAUGCCAAAUCUACUACUUCAAGAUUUGAGUCACAUUCUGAAGAUGACAGCAUGGAAACAACAUCUACUGCAUCGUUAGAUUAUUGUUUACAGAAAGACCGAAUCAAUUUAUCCAAGCCAAAAAGGUGUGCAGCAUCAACUGGAAUAGUUCCCAAUGUGACUCGCAGAGAAUAUGAUGGGCCAAAAUCACUAAAGGAUGAAGCAUCUAAGCCGACCAAGCCAUUGAAGCUAAAUUCAGAUGACAUUCCUUUCUCUGAGUUAUGGAAGGACGAAUCCAGUGUACAAGACACAGAAAAGACUGAGACCCUCGGUCUCGAUAUUGAGGAAUUUUUGUUUAAAAUGCUUGGAGAUGGGUUCUCUCUCGAUAUUAGUACAAUCCACGAUGUUGUUGGCCAAUGUGGAUAUGAUGUGAAUAAGAGUAUGGAUAAACUCAUGGAUAUGUCAGCAGCAACUUUGGGGAAAUGUGAUGAUAUUGUCAGCACAAAUUCUGAAAAACUUCCAAAUCUCAAAUCAAAAUCAUCUCAAUGUCCUGCUGGAAGCAGCAAUACAACUGGAAAGGGCUGCCAGUUAGCAAAGAAGGGGAGAAGUAAAUACGAAGUUCAAAAAGAAAUUUUAGGAUCGUUGUUUGUUCUCCCUGGUAGAUUUGAGGAGGCUGAAAUAAUUCCCCCUCCAAAAGUAGUUCGGGAAAAUAGAAAUGCUGUGGCCAAACCAUUAAGAUUGCCACCGAUAGAACAUCGCACUGUGUUUAAACGACCCUCUGAAAUGAAUGAUGAUGAGGAAGAUCAAACUUAUGAAGUUCUUAGAAAAGCAGUGAAGGAAUACUGGGCUAUAAUGAAGGAGUACUACAAGGCUGCCUUUGAGGCAUAUGUUAAAAAAGAUCAUGCAAGAGCAUACACCCUUCUAGAUGAGGGGAAUUUCUUUAGGAUGAAGGCUCGAGAAGCAGAUGAAAAGUCAGCAAAGAAGCUUAUUGAACCCAGAUCCAUCAAGGAUGAGGUAAUCUUAGAUAUCCGUCAUUUUGACCCAAAGGAUGCGGUUCGCUUCCUGAAACUUCAAUUAAAUACCUAUACGGGUAUCCCAUCUUUGCAGUAUCUUAAGGUGAUUGUUGGGGUCAACGAGGAUGAUCCCAAGGGUCGUCGAAAGCGUUUGAUAAUGAAGCUUUUGGAGGGGGAGUCGAUAGCCUGGAGUGAGCAAGAGAACGGGAGGACUUUGGUCAUAAAGGUCGACGAAAUAAACCCGAAGAUGCUCAGUUUCUUCAAAAGGCCUUCCACCACUGUUCUAUGACCACAUUCCUCUUUUGUCAAAUUGCCAGACUUUCUCUUUUUCACUACAUUCUUAUUUCCUAGAUGAAGUACUUUUGGGCAAAUCAUCUUCUUCAGCUAUAAUGGGGUCACACAAGAAAAAAAAUGUACUUUCAGAUCUUUUUAUGAGGCUUCGAGACUCAAACUUUAUGGGAUUGAGUAAAAGAUUGCAAUGUAA